GUCGUUACUGAUCACGAGUAGUGUCUGACUCUUAACCGUUCAACCUCUCUCGUAUUUACAGUUUGAUUUUGAAUGCAAUCCAACGUGUGCGAGCACCUCGUGAACUUGUAAAUUCUGCUGGGUUUUAAAUUUUCACCGACCAAUUUCGGUUAUACUUAUAAUCAUGGAGAAACAAGAAAUUUACUCACUCAUGAAAACAAUCCUGGAAACUGAAAAGGAACUUUCAGCUGGAAUGGCGGCAAUCCGGGUAUUGUUAAAAGUCCUGGAAAAGUCAAAUUCCAAGACUAUCCAAGAGUUACGAGAGCAAUUGAUUGACGCAAUCGCUAUACUGAGGACAUGUGAUUGUCCUAUUACCGCUAUUAAUUCAGGGUCUGAACUAUUUCUUAGAUUCAUCACUUUAACCGCACUUGACACUCAGCCUUUUGAAGAAUGUAAGAAAAUUAUGCUUGACAGAGGAAACACAUUUUAUGAGAGACUUGUUGAAUCCAGACAGAUCAUUGCUCAGAGAGCUUCAAUUUACUUAUAUGGUGGACAGACCAUACUGACACACUCCAGGUCUCGAGUUGUGUUGGCUGCUAUGAAACGAGCAGCAGAGAAAAAAUGCCGUUUUAGAGUGUACAUUACACAAUCAACACCGGACACCAGUGGGGCGGAAAUGGUUCAAAAUCUUAGGGACCUUGGAAUUCCGUGCACUAUGAUUCUAGAUUCUGCUAUGGGUUACAUAAUGGAAUCAGUAGAUUUUUGCAUGGUCGGAGCUGAAGGAGUAUGUCAAAGUGGUGGAAUUAUUAACAAAAUUGGAACAUACCAGAUGGCACUUUGUGCAAAAGCAUUGAAUAAACGUUUCUUAGUUAUGGCUGAAACCUUCAAAUUUACACAAACAUUUCCCCUAAAUAAUAGGGAUUUGGAACCUGAAUACAAGUUUACCCAUAGUAUGUUAAAAAAAGAUACUGCAGAGCAACAUCCCCUCGUUGACUACACUCCGCCUGAAUUAAUAAAUCUUUUUAUCACAGACAUUGGGAUUCUUCCUCCCACCGCUGUGGCCGAUGAGCUUCUAAAAUUGUAUUUGUGAUUGAAAAUAUAUUAUUUUAAUAUAUUAAGUAGCUUAUAAUAAAUGUAAAGUUUUCAAUUUUCGAAUAGAAAUUAGUUUUAAUUGUAAUAGCGGUAAAUUUUUUUACUAAUGUUGACCCAGAUGUACAAAGUUUAUGUAUGAUAAGUGUUAACACCAAUCAUUUCUGUAUAUAAAAAAUUAGCAAAAAUUUUUUUUGCAAAUCCUAUGAAUCUAUCUUGAAUAAUAAAAA